GCAGCUUUCAGAAGCAUCGAUUGGAGCCACACAUUCCAACAUGAACUAUCUGGCGCCUCGGCCGAAUUUCACUACACCGGUGACCCCUCCGGAACGAUUCCUUUUGGCCCUCAGAGUACAUUAGGACCGAUCAAUACAUCUUUUCCAAUCACCUGGAUACCUCAAGCUUCGUACUCCUGCGACGCCAGCAGCGAGUUUAUCCAGGCAAAUGACACUCGCGGCCAUCUUCAAUUACCUGGACCGAGUCGGAGGAGCCGACGCAAUCACUUUCAAUGUCUCUGGAGAGGCUGCAAUUACCCAGGCGUGUUUUCUCGCAAAGGCGUAUUAAUGCGGCAUAUUGAAACACAACAUGUGGAUCCACACUCCUUUGAUUGUCACAAAUGCGACAGGACCUUUAGCCGGAAAGAUAAUAUGAUGGAACACAUAGGUAGGGUUCAUAAAAAGCGAGGCUAG